GUCCAGCAUAUGCUCUGUUGUGUUUCUUCUUCUUCUUGUUCUUGGUGACUGAAGAGCUGCUUGCAGAUUCUCAACUGAUCAUGGAUGGUUACACGACUCCUCCCCCUGGAGAUGUCUCAUCAUCUUCUCCUCUUCCUGAGGUUGUGACUAAAGGCAACUACACCGACGAUGGACCAGUCGCAGCCUUAAUCGGAGGGAUCGUGAGUGCAGUGCUGCUGCUGCUAAUCUGCAUGAUAGCAGUGCUGCUUUGGUGCCUGUCCAGACACAAAGGCUCAUACGUCACCAAUGAGAUGGACGAAGACGAAGACGAAGACGAUGUUGAUGGCCACGACGAUGAGUCUGUUGGUUCUGAUACGGCGCUCCAGAGCAAGGAACCUCUGAAGAUCAAGGAGGAGGAGUAAAGGAGGGGAAAAAGAAGAAGACCUGUAAGAUAUGGACUUGAGUUGUGCUGUCGAGGACUAAAGAGCUUUGUUACAUUUAUUUUUUACAUCAUUUUUUUAAAGUAACCGAUUUACUAAAGCUGCACGAAGCAACUUUGCACAUCGCCGCCACCAAACAGCAGCAAGAUACGACUAUUUGACAUGUGAGUCUCCACUUUUCCUGUGAAGCUGCACCAGCCGUUUAAUUUAACGA